UUUACAAGCGGCAGGAUGAGAAAAGUCUUAUAUUUUAACAAAAUUCCAGUUUGAGAUCGAGUUCUUCGUCGUACUAUUUGUUGUUAUCAUUUUCUAAGUAAUACUGGUUAACUCCCAUAAUUAAUUAAUUAGCAUAAGCAUAACAAUGGCUCAAGCGCCACUCAAAGCGCGAAACAUUUCUCCAUUGUUGCAAAAAGCUCGGAAUUUUUUGCUUGGUAGAAAACAUGUCCCAGAACGAGCAGCUUUGCGGUACACGCCCCUUGUCGCAGCCAGGACACAGCCUGACCCAAUUCUCCCAGACGGAGAGGCACACAAAAUGUCGAAAAAUCACUACGUCCUAAGAGAUGGGAGGAGAGAGGCUGCACCGCCUGUCGUCGUGGUGGAUGGAUCGUCGCCAAAGACCAAGUUGUUGCCAGCAGAAGGGUCAAAGGAUGCGAACGCUGCAGGAGGGGCUGGCAUUAAGUCACCGGGGUCCAUUUAUCGCUGGGACUAGGAAGGGACAUUGGACCAAGAUUUUAGUUUAUUGCAGUGGCAUUAUGCAAAGUUUAGUCAUUAAUGCGAGUUAGUUUAUUGUGGAUCGAUAAUGUCAAACUCUAUGUAAAAAAUAUUGGUUUAAGUAGCUUAAGGUAAUAAAUACAACAGAAUGAUGAAAAUUAUGAGG